GGCCAACAGCAGCAAGGGCAAACCGGAGACACCGCGGACCCCCACCAGCCCCUCCUUCUCGCCCAGCCCCUGCCUCCUGGCCCCCUGCUAUCUCACGGGGGACUCGGUGAGGGACAAGUGCAUCGAGAUGCUGACGGCCGCCCUGCGCAUGGAUACGGUGAGCGGGGAUGACUACAAGGAGUUUGGUGUCAACUGCGAGAAGAUGGCAUCGGAGAUCGAAGACCAUAUCUACCAGGAGCUGAAGAGCACGGACAUGAAAUAUCGCAACCGGGUGCGGAGCAGGAUCAGCAACCUGAAGGACCCCAAGAACCCCGGCCUGCGGAGGAACGUGCUGUGCGGGGCCAUCCCGCCCAGCCUCAUCGCCCGCAUGACCGCAGAGGUGGGAGGGUGGACAGCACUGACCCUGCUGAGGAACGCCAUGACCCAGGAGGCCAUCCGCGAGCAUCAGAUGGCCAAGACGGGCGGCACCGUCACCGACCUCUUCCAGUGCGGCAAGUGCAAGAAGAAGAACUGCACCUACAACCAGGUCAGUGCAGAGCCCAUGACGACAUUCGUGCUGUGCAACGAGUGUGGGAACCGCUGGAAG